AUGAACAUCAUUCUUGACCUUCAUCUUGUUUCUAGGCGUUUUGGAUCCAAAUGUACUCGAUGCAACCAGGUGAUUUCCGCUAACGAUCUGGUCCGACGCGCUCAAGGCAAAAUCUUCCACGUCGAUUGCUUCUGCUGCAUGGUUUGUCAAAAGCGAUUGGACACCGGCGAGGAGCUUUACGUCAUUAACGGAUGCAAGUUCAUCUGUAAAGGCGACUACUCCAGUACUUUAAACGAUUCGUUCACCCCUUCCGAGCAACAGUCGGUUUCCAGUCCGGAUUCGUGCUGCAGUCAGCAGCAACAGUCAAAGAGUGACGACAACGUCGGCUCAGCCAGCAGUCAGUUGAACAGCGCCAAAAGAAGGGGACCAAGGACGACGAUCAAGGCUAAGCAACUGGAGACCCUGAAGGCGGCGUUCGCCGCCACCCCGAAGCCGACGCGUCACAUCAGAGAGCAACUAGCACAGGAGACCGGCCUCAACAUGAGGGUCAUUCAGGUAAGAGACUUUCGUUAGGU